GAUGUCAGGACCCCUCACCGCUGAUGUAGCUUAGUUGCUAAGCUAACUAGAGUUAGCUACCGAACGUUUGUCGGAAAAAAAUAAAACUCUAAUAAUUUUAUCCAGUUAACAAAGGCAGCGGAAUUCUUUUGAUAACUUAAAGGACAAUCUUAACAAACACCUGUCAGCAGCACCAGUCAGGUCUCAAAGCAGUGGUUCCUGCUCAUGUUGAACAGAUGGUGCUGAUUAAAGAAGAAGCUCCUGAAGAAUGGAGGCCUGGUGUGGACCAGCUGGACCCAGAAGCCCUCAACAUAAAAGAAGAAGAAGAYGAGGAACCUUGGAGCAGACUGGAGGGAGAGCAGCUGAAUGUGAAGGAGGAGACUGAUGWCAGCGGGUUUUCAAUUAUUACAGUUACUUUAAAGAGUGAAGAUGAUGAAGAUGAUGAAGAGAAGCCUCUGUUGUCWCAGCUUCAUCAGCACCAAGUGGAGGACAGAGAUCUUCCAAGCAGCAGCUCAGCUGAUGGAGAGGACUGUGGAGGAGCAGAAACUAGCAGGAACCCAGAUCUACAGACUCACAAAGACCAUUCCAGCUCUUCAGAGACUGAACUCAGUGAGGAUUAUGAAGAGGACCAGGAUGUGGACGAUCAACACAACAAGAGAGCUUCUUACAGUAAUGUUCAGACAGGAGACAAAUCUUUUUCUUGUGAUGUUUGUGGACGACGGUUUGGGGAUAAGUCAAAUUUGAACACGCACAUAAAAAGCCACACAGGAGACAACCCAUUAACUUGUGAUGUUUGUGGACAAAAGUUUAGUUAUAAGUCAUAUUUAAUCGCCCAUGUAAGAAUGCACACAGGAGACAAACCGUUUUCUUGUGAUGUUUGUGGACAAAGAUUUAGUCGAAAGUCCAAUUUAAACUCUCACAUGAGAAUCCACACUGGAGACAAACAGUUUUGUUGUUAUGUUUGUGAACGAACAUUUACUUGUAAGUCACAUUUAGUCACCCACGUAAGAAUCCACACGGGAGAAAAACCAUUUCCUUGUGAUGUUUGCGUACAAAGAUUUAGCCGAAAGUCCAAUUUAAACUCGCACAUGAGAAUCCACACUGGAGACAAACACUUUAGUUGUUAUGUUUGUGGACGAAAGUUUAGUUAUAAGUCACAUUUAAUCACCCACUUAAGAGUUCACACAGGAGAAAAACCAUUUCCUUGUGAUGUUUGUGGACAAAGAUUUAGACAAAAGUCUCUUUUAAACUCCCACAUGAGAAUCCACACAGAAGACAAUCCAUUUUCUUGUGAUGUUUGUGGACAAAAGUUUAGUUAUAAGUCACGUUUUAUCAGCCACGUAAGAAUCCACACAGGAGAAAAACCGUUUCCUUGUGCUGUUUGUGGACGAAGAUUUAGCCGAAAGUCAAGUUUAAACUCCCACUUGAGAAAAGUGUUUAGCUGUAAAAAACACAACAGCUCCUAAAGAUCCACAUGAGGUCACACAGAACUGAGUACACACAGUUCUAAAGUUUAUUUAAUAGUUUAUGUAGGGAGAAAAUGUUGUCUCAGUUGUCACAGUUACUGUUUUUCUAUGUAUUUUGUAAAUUUUUAAUUAUGGCUGGGUAAUUUGUCACAUGUAUGUGAGAAAGUUUUACAUAAUGCAAUGUCAAAAUUUUCAAUUAUUCAUUAUAAAUUUUACCUCCUAUUUCAUAACAGACUGUAACUACUUCAGAAGGAAUUCAGCUUCUUCCAUCUUCUUUAAUUGCUUUGUAGUCCCUCCCACUCCCAGCUUGAAGACCCGCCCCAUUCACUGCUCAUCUACCAAACUGAGUUCAAAGCAAAGAUUGCGGCAGCUGUCGGGGAAGAGUUUGUUCAAAAGGGGGAUAAAUAGCAGAUGGAAUCAAAGGUAUUUGCCAUGAAAAUGUUUGUUUUUUGUUCAGUUUUAAUAGUACCUGGGAUAUAGUGUCAGCCAGUGUGUCUAAAAAAUGUAUUAUCAAUUAAUUAGUGAACUGAAUGCUAAACUUUACAGAUCAUCUUGUUUUGGUUUUGGAGACCUUGAUAUGAAAUCAUGUUCAUAAACUUCCUAACUGCUGUAAGAAUGAUUUACCUGUAAAUGUAACAAAAAUGUGGCCAACUUAAAAUAAUCAUAAUAAAUACUGUAGGAGCUACUGUAUUUAUUUAUUUUUGUAAAGUCUUUGAAUUUAGUUUAUUACCUUUAGUAAUUUGUUUAUUUGCUGUUUGAUUAUUUAUAUAUUUGUUUUGUAUAAUUACAUAUCCUUUACGUAGAUUAUGCAUUUGUUUAGGUUGAAUGACUGACAGCCUGUCAGUCGGUCAGUGAAAGGAAGAAAUGGGCAGGUGAGACAGGAAGUUAAGGAGCUCUAAGCACUUUUGGAGGGUGAGAACAGGAGAGGCAAGGAGGGAGGCUGUGAACAUGUACCGCAUCUUUUGUCUGCAGAUUUGAAAUAAAUUUAUUAUGGACAUGCA